AACUGACUCUUAUACCAGAGAAGAGCAAUCCAGCUUUGAAAGUGACCUUCAGGAUCACACUCCCUCCCAGCACAAUGCCUUACAACUUCUGCCUGCCCAACUUCAGUUGCCGCUCCAGCUGUGCCUCCCGGCCCUGCGUGGCCCCCAGCUGCCACAGCAGCACCCUGCCUGGGGCCUGCAACAUCCCUGCUAAUGUGGGCAACUGCGGCUGGCUCUGUGAGGGCUCCUUCAAUGGCAGUGAGAAGGAGACCAUGCAGUUCCUGAAUGACAGGCUGGCCAGCUACCUGGAGAAGGUGCGCCAGCUGGAGAGGGACAACGCGGAGCUGGAGUGCCGCAUCAGGGAGCGAUGCCAGCCCCAGGAUCCCUGUGUGUGUCCCAACUACCAGUCCUACUUCAAGACCAUCGAGGAGCUGCAGCAGAAGAUCCUGUGCAGCAAAUCUGAAAAUGCUAGACUGGUGGUGCAGAUUGACAAUGCCAAACUGGCCGCAGAUGACUUCAGAACCAAGUAUCAGACUGAGCAAGGCCUGAGGCAGCUGGUGGAAUCUGACAUGAAUGGCCUGCGUAGGAUCCUGGAUGAGCUGACCCUCUGCAAGUCUGACCUGGAGGCCCAGGUGGAGUCCCUGAAGGAGGAGCUGCUGUGUCUCAAGCAGAAUCACGAGCAGGAAGUCAACACCCUGCGCUGCCAGAUUGGAGACCGCCUCAAUGUGGAGGUGGACUCUGCCCCCACUGUUGACCUGAACCGCGUGCUCAAUGAGACCAGGAGUCAGUACGAGGCCCUGGUGGAGACCAACCGCAGGGAUGUGGAGGAGUGGUUCACCACCCAGACUGAGGAGUUGAACAAGCAGGUGGUGUCCAGCUCUGAGCAGCUACAGACCUGCCAGGCAGAGAUCAUCGAGCUGAGACGCACAGUCAACGCCCUGGAGAUCGAGCUGCAGGCCCAGCACAACCUGAGAGACUCUCUGGAGAACACCCUGACAGAGACCGAGGCCCGCUACAGCUCACAGCUAUCCCAGGUGCAGUGCAUGAUCACCAAUGUGGAGUCACAGCUGGCUGAGAUCAGGAGUGACCUAGAGCGGCAGAACCAGGAGUACCAGGUGCUGUUGGAUGUGCGUGCCCGGCUGGAGUGUGAGAUCAAUACAUACCGGGGCCUGCUGGAGAGUGAGGACUGCAAACUACCCUGCAACCCCUGUGCCACCACCAACGCAUGUGGUUCACAAUCCCGAUGUGGACCCUCCAGCAACUUUGUGCGUUAGAUACCUCAAGGCCAGCAGGAGGAUUGCAGGAAGAUAGGAGGACCUUUGAUGAACCAGCCCUGCUUCUCUGACAACAAUCAGCCACCAGAACCCACCCAGGCAGCAGCACAUCUCAGCCUGGGAGAAGAAACACCAUGCCAAAGUGAGGCCCAGCUCUGAACCUGGCCCACCUGGUCACCUCCAUUGCAGGCUGUUCACUUGUAGCUUUUUGUUUCUGAUGGUCUGACAGGCUCAGACCAGGCAAGUGUCUUAUGCAGUGCUUAUGGUUCUCUCUGCUCCUUUGACCUUUCUUGUAGUUUCCCAAAUCCCUUUAUAAAUCUCCCAAUAAACUUUCCUCUUGCAAAUCAAA